GGAGAUUGGCACUUCCUUUGUUGAAACGUCUAAGUCUGUCUACAUCAAAGCUGAACAGCUUGGCUAUUGGUCUGCGUCAGAUUGCAGCAUCCUCACAGGACAGCGUCGGCCGUGUAAUUCGGCGAACACGAAUAGCAAAAGACCUGGAUUUGGAGCAGGUGACAGUGCCUAUUGGUGUCCUUCUCGUGAUCUUUGAGUCCCGUCCUGACUGUCUUCCACAGGUGUCUGCUUUGGCCAUAGCCAGUGGAAAUGGUUUACUACUUAAAGGAGGGAAAGAGGCAGCACAUAGCAAUCAAAUCCUUCAUCAUCUGACACAAGAAGCACUCUCCAUUCACGGAGUCAAAGAUGCAGUGCAACUAGUGAACACAAGAGAGGAAGUGGAAGAUCUCUGCCGUUUGGAUAAGCUGAUAGAUCUAAUCAUUCCACGUGGUUCAUCACAGCUAGUCAGGAAUAUCCAGAAAGCUGCUAAGGGAAUUCCAGUGAUGGGACACAGCGAAGGGAUCUGUCACGUGUAUGUGGACACGGAUGCCAGCGUUGAGAAGGUCACACGAAUAAUCAGAGACUCAAAGUGUGAAUAUCCUGCUGCCUGUAAUGCUCUGGAAACUCUCUUAAUUCAUCGAGACUUGCUGAGAACCCCGUUGUUUGAUCAGAUCAUAGACAUGUUGAGAGUAGAACAGGUUAAGAUUCACGCUGGCCCGAAGUUUGCAUCUUACUUGACAUUCAGCCCUUCAGAAGUGAAAUCUCUCCGCACAGAAUAUGGAGACCUGGAGUGCUGCAUUGAGGUGGUGGACAGUGUCCAAGAGGCUGUUGAACAUAUCCACAAGUACGGAAGUUCUCACACAGAUGUUAUCAUCACAGAGAACGAAAAAACGGCAGAGUUCUUUCUCCAGCAUGUGGACAGCGCUUGUGUUUUCUGGAAUGCCAGUACCCGAUUCUCUGACGGCUACAGAUUUGGACUUGGUGCUGAAGUGGGAAUUAGUACUUCUCGUAUCCAUGCACGUGGACCUGUGGGAAUUGAAGGACUCUUAACUACAAAGUGGUUGCUGAGGGGGGAUAAUCAUGUUGUUUCUGACUUCUCAGAGCAUGGGAGCAUGAAGUAUCUUCAUGAGAGCCUCCCUCUCCCUCAGAGAAAUACCAACUAAGAACAUAGGGGCAGGGGGGAAAACCCAGGGGUAUAAAUAUUUCCUGAAGAUGUUCAGGCUUCAGGGCGCUCUCUGAGGAGAGAGUUUGGUUUUCUCUCCAGGAAUAUUGUUUUCAGUCACUGUGUGGUACAAUGAAUACAAAAUGAUCCCAUCUCUGAGA